UUGCUGUAGCUGCUGGAGAUAUACAAUGUCAGCACCAAAGAGGCAUUUCAAGUGUUGUGUUUUGGGAUGCACUAACGAAUAUAGGAGUCUCCAUAGACUCCCUCCAUCUGAGCCGCUGAGGACACUGUGGUUAAGUUUCAUUGUCUAAGGAAAUGUCCAGGAAAAAAAUCGGUAAUGUCCCCAAUAUGUGUAGGGAUCGAUACCAACACUUCGUGCGCAAACAUCAGCUCCAGACAAACUGAUUGUGAAAAGGUUCUGGAUUUGCUGUUUUCAGAAGAGCAAUGAGCUGCCAAUACAGUCUUGUAUUUUUAUUCCUCUGUGGCUUUGCUGCACUCCCUGUCUCAACAAAGAUAUGUGGAAAAGAGCUACUAGAAGGAACGUCCUGCACCAUCAACUGCCAAGAAGAAACAUUGACAAAUCUAAUGAGAUCAAAUGGGUCCAUGUCUCUAGCCAUGACUUCAUUCACUGGAAUAAUGGGAAGAUCAAGAAAAACACUCUAGGUGCAAAGAUGGAAGAAGAUGGAUCAUUAACAUUUGAAAGUGUUAGUCUGAAGAACAGCGGCAAAUAUACAUACACUGUUUUUACUGCUGAAGGUUCACAGAUUGAUGCUGGAGAAAAGGAAAUGAACGUUUAUGCAAAGGCUCCUAAACCUACUGUGAUGUUUGGCUAUGAUGAUGGUUUCGUUAAUCUCACCUGUGACACUGGAGACCGUACAGAUCUGACAGUAUCCUGGUAUAAAGAAGGCAAAAUCAUCCAGAAUGACAAAACACCUAAACUGCUCUUGACAUCUGCUCAAGUACAGGAGAAUAAACCGUACUCAUGCAGCGUAAGCAAUCCUGUCAGCAAUGAGCAAAGUGACAGCGUUACAGUAUCACUCUUAAAGACCUGCGGAAAAAUGCAACUAGAGAGAACGUCCUGCACCAUCAAGCUGCCAACAAAAAACUAUGAAAAACCUAAUGAGAUCAUAUGGAUCCAUCUCUCUAGUGGUGACUUUAUUCUCAGGAACAAAGGGAAGAUCAGGACAAACACUCCAGAUCUAACAGUGGAAGAAGAUGGAUCACUAACAUUUCACAGUGCUAGUCUGAACAACACCGGCAAAUAUAGAUACACUGUUUUUAAUGCUGAAGGAACACAAAUUGAUGCUGGAGAAAAGGAAAUUAACGUUUACGUCUUAAAGACCUGCGGAAAAGAGCUGCUAGAGGGAACGUCCUGCACCAUCAAGCUGCCAACAAAAAACUAUGAAAAACCUAAUGAGAUCAUAUGGAUCCAUCUCUCUAGUGGUGACUUUAUUCUCAGGAACAAAGGGAAGAUCAGGACAAACAUUCCAGAUCUAACAGUGGAAGAAGAUGGAUCACUAACAUUUCACAGUGCUAGUCUGAACAACACCGGCAAAUAUAGAUACACUGUUUUUAAUGCUGAAGGUUCACAGAUUGUUGCUGGAGAAAAGGAAAUUAAUGUUUACGAUAAGAAAGAGCCCAUGGAGUUCUGAGGAAUCUUCAAGCUCCAGAUUCUACCAAAACUGAUCCAAACGCUCUUUACAGAGUGAUGUAAUUCAUACUUCCAUUUGACAGAUGAUCCAAUGUUACUUUUUUUGGUUCAUCCCUUUCUAACAGAAAUAAAUUAAACAGUAGUGGCAGAAUUAUUGGCACCCUUAAUAAAUAUGAUCAAAGGCUGUGAAAAAAAAUAAAUCUGUAUUGUUUAUCCUUUUGCGCUUGCAUUCAAAUAAAUAAAUAUUUAAAAAACACAAAAAAUCUAAUCUUUUAACAAGUAAAACAAAUGACAGUGGGGGGAAAUCACUUUAUGAAAGUUUUUCUCUAAUACACUUUAAUCCACAAUUAUUGGUACCCCUAGGAAUUAUUGUAAAAUAUCUCUGUAGCAUAUUCCCAUUCAUAUUAACAAUUUUAGCACACCAGGGUGACUACAAACAUUAAAUUAUCCAGCCAUGGCUUCCUGUUUCAUAGGAUUAUAAUUAUGAGAAGCACAAAGACCAAAUUCACUUCAGAAAAGUCUGAAAUAAAUAAAAUAAAGUAAUAAUUUUUUUUCUUCUAUUUUUAAACAUGUGUUUUGCUUCAAGAGAGCAAUCAUACAUUUCUGAUGUGUUUUAAUUUCUUUCAUUUUUUUUCAUUCAUAAUCAUUUAUCAUUGAAUUGUGUUAUUACAUUUAAUCAUAUAGUCAUUUAUAAUAAUCAUUAUAGUCAUUUAUGUACUCAUUCCAUUGAUUCGUUUAUUGAUUGGUCAUUCAUACAUUGUUUUUUUUUUUUAUAUUAUUUUUUCAUUGUUAUUUAGUCUCAUGACUGUGGUUUCAAUGGCUGUUUGUCUUCAUUAAUAAGAGAUAAGAGGGAAUGUUUAUGGAGAUUUAAGGUUUAUGGGAUGUUGUUGUGAAGAGGUUUGGUGUAACGUUACUUGUUGGAUUUGUGCUGGUCAGACGAAGUCUGAGCAUUGAAACAUACGCAACUAAGAUUAUUCAAUAAACUCUGCUACUUUUUAUCAUCA